AUGCACCUCUCCAUCCUCACAGCAGCAGCCUUCCUCGCCCUCUCACCACCACUACGGGCAUCAACAACAACCCAAAAAAAAGCCCUCCCCCCGACCCCACCCACCCCCCCAGCCCUCGUCUACCUCUACACAGCCCACGUAACCUGCCGCAAAACCCUCUACGAAUCCCCCGGGCCCCGCGGAAUCCGCACCGUAAUCCCCAUCACAGGCGGAAACUUCACCGGGCCCCGGCUGGCCGGCGCAAUCCUCGACCUCGGAGCCGACUGGGGCCUCCGAGAUCCCCGGACGGGCCUGCUAACCGCGGACACGCGCUAUAACCUGCAGACACACGAUGGUGCGCAGCUCUUCGUGCAGACGAGUGGGCCGAGUAUCCCCGCCGGCGGGCUGCAUCUAAGGGUGCUGAUUGAGACGGGGGAUGCGAGGUAUUACUGGUUGAAUAAUCUGGUCAUGGUGGGCGUGUUGAGCCGGGUGGCGGAGGAUGCGGAGGGGGUGGUUUUGAGGAUCGAUGUUUGGCAUGUAAGUGGUGUUAUAUGUUAAUACGGGAUUUGCUUGGAGAACUUGCGUGAGUUAUCUGGACAAUCUUUGCUAAUAUGCAUCGGUGUAGCUUGCUGGAGAAUAUCUCCACACGACAUUUGUCAAUGGGACGACGUACUGA